AUGUCGAAAGACGAUGAGAAAGAUGUCCGAAGAACAUAUCUUCUACGGGUUGCUAGCCACAUUCUCGGGUUAAACAUUGUCGAAGAGAAACUUCGACAACUUCAGCCAAUUGAAACUUUCUGCGAUACAAAUGCGAUGCUUUUGAUCGUUUCUCUCACAGAACAGGUACUGAGUUUUUGA